GUCUGCUGCUAUAAUCCGUCUGAAUCUCCAAAACAUCUAUUUGUCGCCAUUUCUGCACAAUUGUUGAAGCAUUACAGUUCAAUUCAAGGUUGUGUACACAGAAGAAUGGAAUUUGGGUUUUUGAGACAUUGUCUUGAGCAAAAUCUCACUCUUUCAUGGAACUUAAAGCCAUCGAAUUUCCAGAGACUUCCUUAUCCUAUGGUAGCUUCUGCUCGAAAGCAUUACUACAACAACAGUUUACUCUUAAAGAGAUUUUUAGUCCGUGUCAGCACUGAGGAUUCUUCACUCGAUGACUCUGUUGUUUCUCGACCUUUCACUAGUGAGGAGUUGAAGUCAUUGCUCAUCGAUAACGAGAGAUCAAAGCUUGUUAAGAAGUUGAGUGAAGCUAAUCAACAUAACCGCUUCCUCAAGCGUCAGCUUAAAACACAGGAGGACGAGAUAACUAACAUCAAAAGUGAGCUUGCUAUCAUGGAGCUCGAAGUUCAGGCUCUGGUCAACUUAGCGGAAGAAAUAGCAAACCUGGGUAUUCCACAAGGUUCUAGAAAGAUUAGCGGAAAGUACGUUCAAUCACACCUUCUCACUCGCUUAGACGCUGUUCAUAAUAAGUUGAAGGAACAAAUAAAAGACGUGGAAGCUGCACAAUCAAAGGAAGUUAAUGUCUUCUGGAUUGGUAUGGCAGAGAGUGUACAAGUAAUGGGAUCUUUCGACGGAUGGAGCCAACCUGAGGAUCUAUCGCCUGAGUACACAGCUUCUUUUACUAAAUUCUCCACCACAUUGGUCCUUCGUCCUGGGCGGUAUGAGAUGAAGUUCUUAGUGGAUGGAGAAUGGCAGAUCUCACGUGAGUUUCCUACUUCCGGAGAAGGAAUGUUGGAGAACAAUGUUCUAGUGGUGGAAUAGUUGCAUCCUACAUUUUGGUAAUACACCAAUAAACAUAACCCAUCUGUUUCAGACCAGUCAGUGUGAAUGAGAUUCUAGACACAAUCCAAACAACUAGGAGGGGUUUUUACUCGCUAAUGUGUUGUGUUCUAAUAGCAUCCGAGUUGUUUGGUACAAUGAAGAGUACAAAUAGGUGAGAUGGAGAAAGUAUUUUGUUCUCAUCUCCUUGAGUAAUAAAGAUUUAUCUGUUUUCCUGAACAGAUCAGCCACAAAAGAAUCAGUUGCCUUUCUUAUAUUUUGUGUUUAUAUCUAAUAUCAAGAAGUUCUUGUUUUGUAUGUAAGAGCCACACACACAGCCAUAGGUUAAAAGGGUAAAUU